AUGGACCCACCUGCUCCAGGAACUGAAGCUACAAGCUGUCAGCCGCCGACUCAGCUCAGGGGUACUGGGAAAAGAAAAGCUACAUGCGACGAAGCAUACACGACGGCGGACGAUGCCGCUACGAGCCGCAAUAUUACAGGGUCGACAGACACAGGCGACAAUAGACUGAACGUUGGAAGUGAUAGAAGAUCAUUUUCAUCGUGGCUAGCUUUUGAAGCAUAUCUGUCUGAAUACGAGGGGCUGACAUUCCAGAAGUUUCGCGUUCGAUCCAACAAGACAGCAGUAGCGCGGAACAAAGCUAUUGAUCGCGAGAACUCUUCAGCUCGACCCAUCCGGCUAGAAUGGAAGUUCUACGCAACGACCUACGAGUGCACAUUUAUAAAGCGAGAGGGGAAGACCUACGAGUGCAUAUUUACAAAGCCAGAGGGGAAGGAAAGCGUUCUCGUCAGGAGUCACGCGCCUUGGACUGUAAAGCGCAGUUUAACUUGUGUGUCCGCUGCAAUGGACAAAAUGGAGAGUUCACUUUGUGUGUAA